AUGUUUAAAGCCGAUGUCUUCCAAACUUUGACAACAACGAUUGCUUCGCUUAUUUUCGGGUUUUUACAGAUCAAUAAAAGAACUCUGACCGCCUCUAUGAAAGAAUCAAUAAUAUUAACAGUACAGUGCUCAGUGACUCACCCAAUCACAAAACACUUUAAGCACAAUAUCACAAAGAAUCACCGACAUUAUAAUGUAGAUCGGAAAAAACUUUUUUCUGCAAAAAAAUCAGUAACGUAA